AUGUCACCCCCCCAUCAGGAGGUCCGCACUGAGGCAGCCCUAAGGACCUGGCCACUGUCCCUACAGCUAGUAUCAGAGGACAGGACCAGUUAUAUAUCAGAGCAGCUAGAUGUGGGUCCUCUGAGCAGACAGCUUGUGCCAGGACAGGAAGCAAGCUCUCCCAAAAGGCUGAUUCCGGAAGCCAAAGGCUGUGACUUGGCUAAUGGGGCAAGAAUCUUGCGGGCUGAUGUAACUGCAUCCUGCCAGAGAAACCUCCGAGAGGACCUUCAGAGUAUUCUCCAUGUUGCUGCUGCUAGCCACGGUGCCCUGUUCCCAGAAGGGGGCCAUGCGGAGACUUAA